AUGUCGCGUCAUAAUCAGACCGCUGAAGAAGCGGCUGCUUAUGCCAUGAAGUUGCAAGAAAAACGUCCUAUUGAUGAAGCUGAUGAAGACGAUGAAAACUUGAGCAUGAACAAAGCCAAGUUCGGUCAAGCAGGAGAAUAUGACAGCGAUGUCUAUGGGAGUGUUCGUGGUAAUAGAGGUGACAAGUACGUAUCUUCUAUCAGUGCCGGUGAUAUGGACGAUGAUGACGAAGAGGAAGUUAUUGCUCCAAAAAAGCAAAGUAGUUAUGCCGUACCUGCUAAAUUUUUAAAUGAAGUUGCAAAAGAUUCAGAUGAUAUUGAUCCUUUUGCCGAAACUCGAACUAGAACUAUUGUAGAACGUCAAUCACAGUAUCAGCAAAGAGCCCGCAAAUUGCAAAUAUCGCCUGAGCGUAUUGAUGCUUUCGUUGAUCAAACUCCUGAUGGACGCAACCGAGACUAUGCUCAAGUCAUGAAAGAACAGCUAUAUAAGGAAGAAAAAGCUAGAGUGGACAAAGAGAUAGCCGAUUUAGCUCAAUCUGGUGAUUUGAAAUCGAUGGGGCCUGAUAAGAAGAAAGGAAGAUGGGAGGAUUCGGCUAACGAUGGUGUCGAUGUUAAAGUUGAACCAGCAACUCCCAGCGGUCCUCGAAAAAGAUUGGGGAUAUCUUCAAGCAUCAGUGCAGAGGCUGCAACUCCACAUGUUGCUCGUUGGGAUGAAACUCCAGCUCAUAGUGCUACGGCUGCUACUCCUUCUGCUAACAGAUGGGAUUCAACACCCGCAGCCCAAACACCAGGCAGACGUAAUAGAUGGGACGAAACUCCUAAGGAAAGCGGUAUGGAUGGAAGUAUGACUCCUGGUUGGGGUAUGGAAACUCCAGCUAGAGAUGAUAGCAAAAUUGAGGACACUCCUUCCGCGUCGAAGCGUCGCUCGAGAUGGGAUUUGACUCCUGCGCAAACUCCAACUACUACACUGCCAGCUGGUGCUCAAACUCCUUCUUUUACUCCAAGCCACCCAUCAGCUACACCUCAAAUGAUGACUCCUGGAGGAGCUACACCAAUGGGCGCUGCAGCUAUGGGAAUGAAAACACCAGCAGUACAAGUACCAAUGACACCAGAUCAAAUGCAAAUAUACCGAUGGAAUCAAGAAAUUGAUGACAGAAAUAAGCCAUUAAGUGAUGAAGAAUUAGAUGCUUUGUUCCCCGCUGGUUAUAAGAUUCUACCCGUACCAGCAGGCUACAUCCCCCAUAGAACUCCUUCUCACAAACUUAUGGCAACUCCUACUCCUAUGGGAGGCCUAGCGGGAUUUACAAUGCAAGGAACUCCGGACAGAGAAGGAGUUGGAGAGAAAGGUGUUGGUGGCAUCGUUGACACUCAACCAAAAAACCCGGAAUUACCUCCUCUGAAGCCAGACGAUAUGCAGUACUUCGAUAAAUUGCUAAUGGAUGUUGAUGAAAGUACUUUAUCCAAAGAAGAGCUCAUUGAGAGAGAAAUCAUGGGGCACCUUCUGAAAAUCAAGAACGGUACUCCUCCGAUGCGUAAAAGUGGUCUCCGUAAAAUUACCGAGAAUGCUCGCAGGUAUGGUGCUGGCCCUCUUUUCAAUCAAAUUUUGCCUCUAUUGAUGUCACCAUCUCUGGAAGAUCAGGAACGCCAUCUCAUGGUUAAAGUAAUUGAUAGAAUUUUGUACAAGCUUGAUGACUUAGUUCGCCCAUAUGUUCACAAAAUUCUUGUUGUUAUUGAGCCAUUGCUCAUUGACGAGGAUUACUAUGCUAGAGUUGAAGGUCGUGAAAUCAUAUCUAAUUUGGCUAAAGCGGCUGGACUGGCGACAAUGAUUUCCACCAUGCGUCCAGAUAUUGACAACGUCGACGAAUACGUCCGUAAUACAACUGCUAGAGCUUUCGCUGUAGUUGCUUCUGCUUUGGGUAUCCCAGCUCUUCUUCCCUUCUUGAAAGCCGUGUGUAAAAGUAAGAAGAGUUGGCAAGCUAGGCACACUGGUAUUAAAAUUGUUCAACAAAUGGCUAUUUUGAUGGGAUGCGCUGUCCUCCCCCAUCUGAAAGCUCUCGUUGAAAUCGUUGAAGGUGGUUUGGAAGACGAGCAGCAGAAGGUGCGUACGAUUACUGCAUUAUGUUUGGCUGCUCUGGCUGAAGCAGCCACACCAUAUGGUAUUGAGGCUUUCGAUUCUGUAUUGAAACCUUUGUGGAAAGGUAUUCGUAUGCACAGAGGUAAAGGUCUUGCUGCUUUCUUGAAAGCUAUUGGAUACUUGAUUCCUCUUAUGGAUGCUGAAUACGCUUCGUAUUAUACGAGAGAAGUGAUGCUCAUUUUGAUCCGUGAGUUCGUAUCUCCCGAUGAAGAAAUGAAGAAAAUCGUUCUGAAGGUUGUGAAACAAUGUUGUGCUACCGAUGGUGUUGAACCUGCUUAUAUUCGAGAUGAAAUUCUUCCUAGUUUCUUCCGUGCCUUCUGGAAUCAAAGAAUGGCUAUGGAUCGUAGAAACUACAGACAACUUGUUGACACCACUGUCGAGAUUGCUGCAAAAGUCGGAAGCUCUGAAAUGAUUGCCAGAAUUGUCGAUGAUUUGAAAGAUGAAAAUGAACAAUACAGGAAAAUGGUUAUGGAAACUGUCGAGAACAUCAUUGCUUUACAUGGUGGUAAUGAAAUAGAUUCAAGACUCGAGGAACAGUUAAUUGACGGCAUUUUAUACGCUUUCCAAGAGCAGACACAAGAAGAUGUUGUUAUGUUGGAUGGUUUUGGAACAAUUUGCAAAGCUUUGGGAAGACGCACAAAACAAUACUUGCCUCAAAUCUGUGGUACUAUCCUUUGGCGUUUAAAUAACAAAGCUGCUAAAGUUCGACAGCAAGCUGCUGAUCUGAUUGCUCGAAUUGCCCCCGUUAUGCAUACGUGUGAGGAAGAAAAACUGAUGAGCCAUUUAGGCCUUGUAUUAUAUGAGUAUUUGGGAGAAGAAUAUCCUGAAGUCCUCGGAUCUAUUCUUGGAGCUUUGAAGUCUAUUUGUAAUGUAAUUGGAAUGACUAAGAUGACUCCACCUAUCAAGGAUCUUUUACCUAGACUCACACCCAUUUUGAAAAAUCGACAUGAGAAAGUACAAGAAAACUGUAUUGAUUUGGUGGGAGCAAUUGCUGAUCGUGGUUCCGAAUUCGUCUCUGCAAGAGAAUGGAUGCGUAUUUGUUUCGAACUAUUAGAACUUCUGAAAGCUCACAAGAAAAGUAUUCGUCGCGCCGCUAUCAAUACGUUUGGAUAUAUCGCAAAAGCAAUUGGCCCUCAUGACGUUUUGGCUACCCUUCUCAAUAAUUUGAAAGUCCAGGAGCGUCAACUUCGUGUCUGUACAACUGUGGCUAUUGCAAUUGUUGCGGAAACUUGUGCACCUUUCACUGUUCUACCUGCAAUCAUGAACGAGUACAGAGUACCGGAGAUGAAUGUGCAGAAUGGUGUGCUUAAAGCACUUUCGUUCAUGUUUGAGUAUAUUGGUGAAAUGGCUAAAGAUUACAUAUAUGCUGUUACACCUUUGUUAAUAGAUGCUUUAAUGGAAAGAGAUCAAGUACAUCGACAGAUCGCUAUUGACGCCGUAGCUCAUUUAGCUUUAGGUGUUUAUGGUUUUGGUUGUGAAGACGCCCUUCUUCAUUUGUUGAACUUUGUUUGGCCUAACAUGUUGGAAAAUUCUCCUCAUCUUAUUCAACGUUUUGUUUUUGCUUGCGAAGGCAUGAGAGUAUCUCUUGGACCUAUUAAGGUUCUACAAUAUUGCCUACAAUGCUUAUGGCAUCCCGCCCGAAAAGUUCGUGAGCCAGUUUGGAAGGUUUAUAAUAAUUUAAUUCUCGGCUCUCAAGAUGCUCUUGUCGCGGGAUAUCCUCGAGUGGAAGAUACUGAUAGAAACACAUACGUUCGAUAUGAACUCGAUUACACACUAUAA